AUGUCGCAAGUUAUCAAAGAAGAAGAUCUCACCAACGACGGAAGAUGGAUGGUCCAUCCAGAACUUGGAAGUGUCCGUACAGGUCCACGAGGGAAUCGCUAUUGGCACAUCAUUGGCCGGUCGCCUGAUCGCGGCAGCCUAGAGCCAAUGAGUUCAGGUGAGAGCGAGCUCAUGGCUAUGUUCAGCGGUCGGCAGAAAAAUCGUCGACAAGUCCCCGACCAAGGAAUUGGGCCCUUGGGCACCGGUGAAUCUGCAUACAUUGAUCCGAGAAGAGCACUACUACUGCCAAAACCAGUCCAGAGGAUCAAAGCGGAGGAAGACAGCGAAGUGGGGGUAUCAUACAUUGAGUGCUCAAAGUCCUGGCAAGAAAGGUCCAGCAGGCCGGAUCCCCACGCUGCUCUCCCAUCAGAACUCAUGGUGCAACAUAACAGGUCGUCGACACCGCCACCAUCACAGUCUCCACCGUCACCAACAACAAGGACUCCCACACUGGCACCAUCACCGACGCCUACAUCAUCACCAGAGAUUUUUCCAAUUCAUGGAGGACAAGAAGACAAUCCUGCUUGCGAUUGUCCUAUCCACUUGGAGUGUCAGGUAAGAGAAGGUCAUCUUAUUGAUUGCCGUAUCCUUGUUCCGAUCUGGAAAGAGUGGCGGGACCGACAAGAAAAUAACAAUCCCUGGGAUUUCGCUGCCGACUACGGAGAGCCUGAGAUGUUUGCCACACCACAACAGAUUCAGGCAAUUGAGCCACUGUUACAACGGGUUGCCGAUGCUGUGCCCGCAACUAACGCAAUACGACAUCUCUAUGCGUGCGUUGGAACCUGGAUCCACACUAUGGGAAACCACUCGGUACGUGAGGAUGACCUGCAUGCUACCAACGUGAUUCUUGUUCUCGAACAAUUCCUAAGCGACGACAACAUGCCGUUACGACAAGCCAAGCGUGUUCCACCAGAGAUCCAAGAGGAUUUACUCAUCAUUCUACGGAAAUGGCAAGUUGGUGACUUUGGCGUACGUCCACACCGCGGAUUUAUUCGCAAUGACCGAGGCCGCUGGGAGCGGGACCCGGAUUGGCACUUCGGUCGGAGCGGCAAGUUCUUUGGCCACGGGCACCUCGUCAAUGGACAGCGGUGGGUCGACCGUAAGACGCUCUGGCUUGACGGCGCGCAUGCUGAAUGGAUGGCAGGCAUAGCGGGGAACGCAAGGGAGGGCGCGUACAGUGUUGUGAUGGGCUUGCAUCGGCCAACCACUAAGCAGGUGUACGCGGAUGUGGAUUGCAGAGAGGUGAUCUAUUACAUGAGCACGGCCUUGCAACCCCAACAAGGCGAGUUGCCGACGAACGUGUGCGAUCCGGAUGAUGAGGACGUCGACGUUGAUCCUGCGGAAGCGACAAGGGGCGCAAAGGCGCUGAUGAAGAGCCAUGAGUUGAAGCAGGUUGUACGGGUUUUCAGGUCGUGGAAGGCGCACAAAAAAGUGCCACUGCGGCCAGACUCAGGCUUCAGAUAUGACGGGCUCUACAAGGUGGUGGACUACGAGCUGCUCAACAACAGGAGGCAGAUUUAUCGGUUCAAAAUGGUCCGGGAGCGCACCGGUCAAGGGCCGAUCAGAGGCGUUAAAGUCGACAUCGAGAAGAAGCGCAAAAGGGACGGACAAGAGCGUGUGAGUGGGAGAUCGACGCGGAGGAAAACGAAUAGAGCGUGA